AUGGAUAAAGACUUCCGCUACUACUUCCAGCACCCGUGGUCUCGCUUAGUUGUGGCUUACUUAGUGAUCUUCUUUAACUUCUUAAUAUUUGCUGAGGACCCAGUAUCUCACAGUCAGACAGAAGCCAAUGUUAUUGUUGUUGGUAAUUGUUUCUCCUUUGUAACAAAUAAAUACCCUGAAGGAGGAGGCUGGAGAUUUUUGAAGGUGUUUCUGUGGCUGCUUGCCAUUCUCACAGGACUGAUAGCUGGGAAAUUUCUCUUCCAUCAGCGCCUGUUUGGUCAGUUGCUCCGUCUGAAAAUGUUUCGAGAGGACCACGGGUCUUGGAUGACAAUGUUCUUCAGUACCAUCCUCUUCCUCUUCAUUUUUUCUCACAUUUAUAAUCUGUUCCUCAUUAUGGCAGGGAAUAUGAGUGCAUACAUUAUAACAGACUUCAUGGGCAUCAGGAAUGAAAAUUUUAUGAAGGUAGCUGCAGUUGGGACUUGGAUGGGAGAUUUUGUCACAGCGUGGAUGGUCACUGAUAUGAUGCUUCAGGACAAACCCUACCCAGACUGGGGAAAGUCUGCCAGAGCUUUCUGGAAGAAAGGAAACAUUAGGAUCAUUUUAUUCUGGACAGUUCUGUUUACUCUGACCUCUGUAGUUGUACUUGUCAUCACUACUGACUGGAUCAGCUGGGACAAGCUGAAUCGUGGAUUUCUGCCAAGUGACGAGGUCUCAAGAGCCUUCUUGGCUUCUUUCAUCUUGGUGUUUGACCUUCUUAUUGUCAUGCAGGACUGGGAGUUUCCACAUUUUAUGGGUGAUGUUGAAGUCAAUCUUCCAGGCUUGCCAUCUGCACACAUGCAGUUCAAAGUACCUUAUUUCCAAAAGAUCUUCAAAGAGGAAUAUCACAUACAUAUAACAGGCAAAUGGUUUAACUAUGGAAUUAUCUUCCUUGUUUUAAUCUUGGAUCUGAAUAUGUGGAAGAACCAAAUAUUUUACAAACCUCAUGAAUACGGUCAAUAUAUCGGUCCUGGACAGAAGAUCUACACAGUGAAGGACUCAGAAAGCUUGAAAGACCUUAAUAGAACUAAGUUAUCUUGGGAAUGGAGAUCCAAUAACACUAACCCAUUGACCAACCGGACCUAUGCUGAAGGAGACAUGUUCUUGCACAGCAGAUUCACAGGCUCUAGCCUUGAUGUCAAAUGCCUGGCUUUUAUUCCAAGUUUGCUGGCUUUUGCUUUGUUUGGUUUCUUCAUCUGGUUCUUUGGGCGAUUUCAGAAAACUGACCAAGGCAUGGAGAAUUUAGACAAAUCAUACACAAGAAUGAAACGAAAGUCACCGUCAGAUGUGGGAAUGACACGAGAAAAUACACAGGUGUUAGUAGAAGAACCAUUAGGUUUUCAAGAACCACAUCUCGUAUCCAUAAAAUCAGACUUAAGUGAAAUAGUUUUUAAUUCUUCCCUCCUAACUUCUGAAAACUUGAAUGCACAACUGAAUGAACAAGAUAGCCCUUUACAGCCAGUACCAGAGUCCUCUGUCCCUAAGAGUAAUCCUGUGACAUAGAGGCAAAUGCCCAGGAAAAUCAGUUUAAAUAAGCAGUUACUAUAAGAUUUCAGUUUUAGCUUUUGUAAGUUAAGAUUUACAUAGUGUUUAGACUAAGAAACUCAACCUAUACCAAAAGGUGCUCAGCAUGCUUUUUCUAGGAAUUUUGGUUUUUAUUUGUAUUAUAGUAUGUGCCUACUGUAUAUCUAACAUUCCUUUAUAGAUUGCUUCCCAAAAUUGCACAAGCUAUUUAUUAAUACAUUACCUUAACUGUAUAAUAGUGUAUUAGAUGAUUACUUGCAGGUAUAAAAUUCUACCGUGGUGGUGCCUUGAGACAUUAAACUGUUUUUUAACUCAA